AUGUUGUUGUUCUUGUCAGUGCCGCAGCCCCGACCGCCGGGAGCUCGAACCCGAGCGGGGGCCGCCCGGGUGGGGCGGUGGCGGCGGCAGCGGCUGCGGGAGCGACCGGGAAACGGCAGCCGGCGUCGAGGCCGAAUGGCUCUGUGCGGGCAGGCGGCAGGCGCCGCGUCGCUUCCCAGCGAGCUGAUCGUGCACAUCUUCUCCUUCCUGUCCGCGCCCGAUAGGCUGCGGGCCUCGGCCUCCUGCUCACACUGGCGGGAGUGCCUCUUCUACCCGGCGCUCUGGCCCCAACUCCGCAUCAGCCUCCGCGUCUCUCCCACCGAGCAGCCCCGGCUCGAAUUCCUCAUGCGCAAGUGCGGCUGGUUCGUACGGGAACUGCGCGUUGAAUUCGCCGCUGAGAAUUACCUGAGCGGCGGCGGCGGCCCCGGCGAUGGCGCGGACCCCGGGGUUGGCGGAGAAGAAGUCGAGGCCUUGCAUCUCUCAACCCGUUGGCUGGAAGUGCUGCGUACCUACUUGGAGCUGGUGCUGUGCGUGCUGGUCAGCAUCCGGAACAACAGGAAUCUUCAGAAAUUUAGUCUUUUUGGAGACAUAAGUGUUCUACAACAGCAAGGAAGUUUGUCAAACACAUACCUCAGCAAGGUGGACCCUGAUGGCAAAAAAAUUAAACAAAUUCAGCAGCUGUUUGAAGAAAUACUGAGUAAUAGUAGGCAACUAAAGUGGCUAUCCUGUGGAUUUAUGCUGGAAAUAGUAACCCCAACAUCACUGUCAUCUCUCUCAAAUUCUAUUGCCAACACCAUGGAGCACCUGAGUUUACUGGACAACAACAUUCCUGGUAACAGCACUCUCAUUACUGCAGUUGAACUGGAGCGAUUUGUGAAUCUGCGCUCACUUGCCCUGGAUUUCUGUGACUUCACGGCUCAGAUGGCAAGAGUUUUAACCGAUAACAACCAUGUGCCUUUGCAGCGACUCUCUCUCCUGGUCCACAAUGUUUCGGUGAUGCACAAGUCUCUGGACAAUAUGCCAAACGAUGAGCACUGGAAAGCCAUGUCACGAAAGAGCACCAGCCUUCGGGUUUACAUAAUGGCUUUUGAUAUCAAGAGUGAAGAUAUGUUAAAGAUUCUGAAACCAAGUAUACCACUAGAGAGGAUUCAUUUUGACAGCUACAUUACUUGUGUUUCAGGGGCUAUUGUUGAUCUUAUAUCCAGGCAGUAUGACAAGUUCCUCACUCAUUUUAUAUUAAUGAAUGAUGUGAUUGACACAUCUGGUUUUCCAGAUCUUAGUGACAACCGGAAUGAAGAUCCAUUGGUUUUAUUAGCAUGGAGGUGCACAAAGCUUUCUCUUCUGGCAGUUCAUGGUUACACAGUUUGGGCACACAACCUCAUUGCCAUUGCUCGUCUCCGUGGCCCCGAUCUAAAAGUGCUUGAAGUCACUGAAGAAAGCAUUGAUUUUGACCAAGGCGAACUGGCCGACCAGGACGUGGAUCCAGUGCAUAACCUUAUUGAGCAAGUAUCCCUGGGCCUGGGCCAACCCUGGCACGCAGUCAUGGACAUCGAAUCACUCAGUGUCUUCACUGAACCAAAUCGUCAUUUUUAUAGAGAAAUGCAAAGCUUCAGCGAAGGCAUUUAGCUUUUUUUUAAAUGUACACUUCCUGUGGUUACAUAUGCAAGUAGGGUCCUAUUAUGUUUUUUUCCAGUAGUGUGAAUUAAACCCUUUGUGCUGUGUUUAAUCAGUAUUAGCUUUAUAGAAUUAUAUAUGUAUAUUCUACUUCUUGAUCAAAGAACGUAGUCGGGUAUUGGUUUAGAAGUUCAAAGUGACACUGUAUAGGGCUUUCACGGUUAAUGAACUUGUUACCAAACCUUAAGGUUAUACAACCGAAGGUUGUCUGAGGUUGCUGGCUAACUUUAUUUUUCACUGAGUUACUCUGCCUUUUUGAUGUUUUUUUUUUGUGCGUCAGAGUUCAGAGCUCAGGAGCCAAAUUAUUUUUAUACAUAUAGAGAUAUUUAUCCAUAGCCUGGUGGAUUUAUCUGCAGUGCAUUACAUUCAUGCAUUCUGAUGGCAUUUCAUUAAUUUGGAUUUGAAGUGAAUGAAGGGAGGAUAAUUUGGUCCCAAAUGAGUUACGUUUAACAGAAAAGCCAAGAUUUUAACUUUCAUUGCACAUAUAAUAUAGUCAUGAUGUCACCAAGUACCAUUCUGAAUUUUGUACAGUAUUAGGUUAGAAUAUUGUUUAAUCCUUUUUUUUUUUAAUGCAUUUACAUAAACAUGAAAACUCAAAUUGUUGAAUUUUUUUAAAAAACAAUAUCCAACUUAAUUUUCUUCAUCAGUUACAUUAUACACUCAAGUUAGCUUUUUAACCCAGAUUUUAAAAUAGU